AUGGGACCAGAGAGGGUGACCCCAAGGCUGCUGGGCAGCGCCCCCACCACCACAUGCCCAGGCCCAUGUCCCCCGGAGCCACCCCCGCCGGCCCCCCUGCCCCUCUGCUCUCCAGGUCUUGUGGCUCUGGGCCUGGCACCCCGCCAGGGUGCUGGUCACCAGUCCCCUGCCCUGGGGUGCGGGUGGGGAGCGCAGAGAGGCCGGGGUGCUCCGGCCCGCACAGCCAGUGAGGGGCGCCCUGAACCCCGGGGGGCGGGGGGGAGGAGAACCAGCCUGGACGCAGGCCGCCAGCUGGUUACAGAGAAGAGGCUCGCCGGCUGGGAACGAGCGCACAGUGCGCGCGCGCGUGACGGGCAGCUGGUUUUCGUGGUCGUUUCGCUCGCAGACUACAGAGUAAUCGGCAAAAUAGGCGAGGGGACGUUCUCGGAAGUGGUGAAGAUGCAGAGCCUGCGGGACGGACGCUGCUACGCAGGCAAGCAGAUGAGGCAGCCCUUCGAGAGCCUGGAGCAGGCCAACAGCCUCCGGGAGGUCCGAGCCCUGCGGCACCUGAACCCGCACCCGCACAUCCUCACGCUGCACGAGGUGGUCUUCGACAGAAAAUCUGGGUCUCUUGCGCUGAUAUGUGAACUGAUGGACGUGAAUAUUUAUGAGCUGAUACGAGGGAGAAGACGCCCGCUGUCGGAGCGCAAGGUGGCGCGCUACGCGUACCAGCUGUGCCGGGCCCUGGACCACGUGCACAGGAGUGGAAUAUUUCACAGAGAUGUCAAACCGGAAAAUAUAUUAAUAAAGCAGGACGUCCUGAAGCUCGGGGAUUUCGGGUCCUGCUGCAGCGUCUACGCCGAGCAGCCGCACACGGAGUACAUCUCCACCCGCUGGUACCGCGCCCCGGAGUGCCUGCUCACGGACGGCUGCUACAGCUACAAGAUGGACCUGUGGAGCGCCGGCUGCGUCCUCUACGAGAUGGCCAGCCUGCAGCCCCUCUUCCCCGGGGUCAACGAGCUGGACCAGAUCUCGAAGAUCCACGACGUCAUGGGCACCCCUCCCGCCAAGACCCUCACCAAGUUCAAGCAGUCGAGAGCUAUGAGUUUUGAUUUUCCUUUUAAAAAGGGGUCAGGGAUACCUCUCCCGACGGCCAGCCUGCCCCCGCAAGGCCUCUGCCUGCUGCGCGCCAUGGUGGCCUAUGACCCCGACGAGAGAAUCACGGCCCACCAGGCCCUGCAGCACCCCUACUUCCGGGAGCAGAGGGCGGCAGAGAAGCAGGCUCUGGGCAGCCACAGAGACGCCGUCUUCCCGGAGCGCCCCGUGGCCGGGGACCCGCCCUGCGGCAACUGGCAGACCUCCAAGGAGAGCAGAAAGCAGCAGUGGCCCCUGAAGCAGCAGGAGGACCGGCCCGGGAGGCCGGCACCCGCCGGCCGGACGGAGCUGCCCAGACUGAAGCUCUCAGGGGCGACCAGCCUGCCGUCCCCCCGCCUGGCGCUGCCCCCCGUAUUCGGACACAGAGGGCGCGGGGCGGCCCCGCGGCUGAGGCCCCUGGAGUGCCUGGGAGCAAACCAGAAGGCAGACCCGCAGAGGGAGGUCAAGGCUGACGUGAAGCGGUGCCGCCUGCCUGCCGCGGAGCGGAGAGGCGGGGGCUGCUGAGCGGAGAGGCG